UGCAAAAUUGAACGCACGGCCGACCCCCUUAUACAUGCAGCAAAGGAGCGUCAGUCGAGCAGGGACCGCGCGACCCUAUAUACACCGCCAUAUAUGGCAUAUAUAAGUAUAGUAACUAACUUUUGUGUGUGCAGUCCACCACGCGCUCAGCAGUAGCAGUAGCAGCACCAAAAAGUGUGUUUGCCUAUCUCGUGUACGAACUCGUACACGUUGUGUAUUGUAUUGUUUUAAAUAAAAAAGAGAAUUCGAAAUAUUAUUACAAGUAUAAAAUCGGAGUGCGUCGUUUAGUGUGUCUCUCAGUGUGCAGUUGUUGGGAAUUGUCAUACAGUGUUGUUGUUCUCUCUCAUUCUUUCGAUACGAUGUUGUUGUUGAUUUCUCGUGACAACGAACCCGAUGGAUGAUCGCCCGACUCGUUUCGAGAACGUGACGCCGAGGGAAGAACAGCUCUGAAAAGCCUGAACCAAUUGCCGUCAUCGAGUGACGAGUCACGUAUUAACAAUGUCGUUGCAGCGAAAUCGGCUCUCCUCUUAAUGCGCCGCAUCUUUGCAGAUGCUCAGGCGAAACUUCGCGUGAUGGUGGAGGAGAACGUAGGAGCGGGCUUGAGGCUCGAGACCGAGCUGAUCGACAAGCAGCAGCAGCAGCCGCAGCCACCGCCGACAACGACGACUCGACCGAGCGUGCAGGCUGAUCAGUGUCCGCCUGUACCGGCGCGUCUCAAUCACAUCAACAACAACAGCAACAACAGCAGCAGCGGCAGCAACAACAAUGUCAACAACGUCAGAAAUAAUCACGGGGGCAGCACAAGUUCGAGCAGCAGCGCCAGCAGUACGACCAGUACGGGUGGCGGCUCGACCCCGAGCAGCAGCAGCGGUGGUGGCGGUGGUGGUACUGGACCACCACCGGCCAACGGACUGGCAGUACCUGGACACAAUUCGACCGGCGCUGUAGAUCACGCCGUCGUCGACUCGGUCAACAACAAGCGGCUGAGCAGCGGCAGCAGUCCCAUCGACAAGAGGAGCUCGCUCAGCGACAAGAGCGUCAGUCCGGUCGACAAGAGGACCAGUCCGAUCGAUAGGAGCAAGGACCCCGGAGACCGAGCCAGUCCCCUGGAUCGUCGCAACGGCUCGCCUUGCGCCAGUCCAAUAGACAAGCAGCAGCCGCAACUCUCCCGACGACCGCUGAUGCCGGCCCUGGAGAAAACGAGACUGGCCGGAUCCGCGGGCAGCAGUCUAGACUCGCGCUCGGACUCGGCCAGUCCCAUAAGCGGCACCCGGCCCUUCUUCCAACGCGCGGGCAGCGAGCGCAUGCAGAAGCAGCAGCAGCUUCUUAGGCCACCGAGCAAGCAGGAGGACUUCCUGGACGGCGAGCCGAGAACCGACGACGACAACGAGCCACCCGGACCGGCUCCGGGCAGUCGGCCCUGCUCGCCCGGACACCCGCUCGGGCUGGGCGACCCGAUGGUGGCCUCGCGACUCUCGAAUCUCCGCGGUCACGGACACGUCGAGCUCGCCUCGUCGCGCCGUCUGCGACUGGAGAACGAGCGUCUGGUGGCCGAGGUCGCGCGGCUACGUAGACUCUUGCUGACUGGGGCGUCGCGCGGCGAAGUGGGCGCCGCCGACGAGUCGGUCAUCGACGACGAGGCGCGCUACGUCGCCCUGGAGAUGGAGCUGCAGCAUGCCCGCGAGACCGUGCAGAGCCUCAAGGCCGACCGCAAGAGACUGCGAGCGGAAAAGUACGACCUGAUCAAUCAGACGAAAGCACUGUACGCCACGCUCGAGGACAAAGAACGAGAGCUUCGGGAUUUUAUAAGGAAUUACGAGCAGCGACUGCGGGAGAGCGAGGCUAAUCUCGGCCGCAUGCAGCAACCCGGAGCCAAUCCGGAGGAGCGGGAGCUGGAGCGCGAGCGGGAACGUUGGAGUCUGCUGCGAGCGGCUCGCGACGAAGCCGACCGCAGCAUAACUCUGGCGGCGAGCCUGGCCGAGAAGGAGGCCGCACUGUCGCACGCACACGCGACCAUCAAAGAGUUACAACGGCAACUGAACGACCGAGGCGGCAGCAUAUGCCUCAGCGACCAGGAGUCGUUGGUGUCGUUCCCACGCGGGAGCGUCAACGGCGCCGCGACCCCGGGCGCGGGUAGCAGCGGCAGCGGAAUACUCGUCUCGAGCGGCGGAGGAGCACCCGGCAACCACAACAACAACAACAACGCCUCGCUGCUGGCCCACAACCACGGCGGCUCGAGCGGUGACCUGGGCCCAACUUUGCUCGGCUCCGGUGUCGGUGGCGGUGGUUCUCUCCUCGCCGGCGGCGGCACCAACAGCUCCAGCGGCCUCGGCAGCACGACCAGUGGCGCUCUGGGCGGCUUCAUGGCCGGCGAUCGGGGCAGCUGUAGCGCCGACAGCGGCGUCCGUGGCAGCAGCGACCGCGAGAGCGGCGGGGCCACCAGCAUAGGCGGCAAUCUAUCCGACUCCACGGCAGAUGCGACGACGCCGAAAGAUUGCAGCCCGACUCUGUCGCCGCUCAACGCGUUCUCUCGCUCGAUGGACAAUUCCGUGCUGUCUCGCUCGGUCGAGCAGCUGCACAGCCCGUUGGACGGCAACGGCGACUUGCUGCACAAGAGGCUCAUCGGCGGCAGCAAGAUCUCGUCCUCCGGUCAUCAUGGUCAUCAUCAGCAGGAGCGACAAGCGCAGCAGCAGCAGCAACAAUCGCCCGUCGGCGGAGUUCUGCAGUCGGUGCACUCGAGAUCGUCGGCUCAGCGCGGCGGCGGCACCUGGGGAUCGAUAUCGAGGGUGUUCGCGCGCUCCCGACACCGGAAAACGACGAGCGGCGUACUGGGCGAGUCGGCGACAGACGCCUUCGAUCCGUAUCGCUCGUGGUCGCCGCUCACCGAGGAGGGUUACGCGGAAAAGCUGCGACUGCUGCGCGAGGCCGCCUCCAUACCCAUGGAACGCUGGCGAGCGCCCACUGUGCUGGCCUGGCUCGAGGUCGCCCUAGGAAUGCCGCAGUACGGGCCACGCUGUGCGGAAAACGUCAAGUCCGGAAAGGUACUGCUCGAGUUGAGCGACGCCGAGUUGGAGGCAGGCCUGGGCGUGACGCAUCCGCUACAUCGUAAAAAGCUGCGUCUGGCCAUCGAGGAGCAUCGACAUCCGAAUCUCGUGCGCUACCCCUGCAUCGGCCAGCUCGGCCACACCUGGGUCAGCUCGGAGUGGCUGCCCGACCUCGGCCUGGCGCAGUACGCCGAGAGUUUCGCCACCAACAUGGUCGACGCCCGCAUGCUCGAUCAUCUGAGCAAAAAGGAGCUGGAAAAGCUGCUCGGCGUCACGAGAAAGUUCCAUCAGGCCAGUAUAGUGCACGGCAUCAAUUUGCUCAGAAUGUUGAAUUACGACAGGCAGGCGCUGGCGGUGAGACGACACAAUUGCGAGACCGUCGACGCGGAUCCUCUGGUCUGGACCAAUCAGCGAUUCAUCAGGUGGGCAAGGGCCAUCGAUCUGGCCGAGUACGCUGACAAUCUCAAGGAUUCGGGUGUGCACGGAGCCUUGGUGGUGCUGGAGCCCUCCUUCACCGGCGACACGAUGGCCACCGCUCUGGGCAUCCCGGCGGCCAAGCAGAUGAUACGCCGACACCUGACGGCCGAGCUCGAGGCACUGGUCCUGCCAGCAAGGGCGAAUCUGGAGGUGGUACCGCGCAACGGUGGACCCGCGAGGCCGAUGAGCAGCCUCGGCAGCCUGGGGCGCGGAAAUCGGAGCAGCCUGCACAUACAAUCGCCGGUGAAUCAUUACAAUAGCCACGGAUUGAUCAGUCAGCAGUCGGUGCCCAUUAUCAACGCCACCAGUACCAUCGAUCGACGUCGCUCUAGUCUCAGGGGCUCGUUAAGUCGAGCGCUAGGUCUACGUCCGAGGAGCGACAAGGCGUCGCCCUCUUCGUCCUCGGAGACGGGCAGCUUGACGAGCCAGGGCCACAUCUACGCCAGCUGCAAUUCACCGCCACCGCCGCAACUUCCCCCUCGGCCAGCCACGAUAUCGGGCAGCUCCAGGCGUCAUCGGCGCGUCAAGAGCAUCGGCGACAUCGAUUACCUGUGCGGCGGCGGCAGUCAGAUGCUGCCGAGCGCCGUCAGCACGGCCGUCUGACAGGAGGCAGCGAGGCCCCUGCAGCAGCAGCAGCAGUCGUCCUGCACUGCGGGGGCUCCGCGCAGUCUCAGCGAGCGGGGAUACUCGUCCUCGGCGUCGUCCCAGGCGUCCUACUACUCCUACAACGACUACUAUCAUCGUUAUCAGUCGCCGAUCAAUAAUUAUCCACCGAGCAGCAGCGGCUACUAUUCGCCGCAGAGCGUCGACAGGUCGUUUCCCGGGGUGCAGAGGUACGGCAGCUUGGCCGAGGAAACUUGGCCCGCGGCUAGCAAGAGCAAAGUCGACAGGGUCAUAUGAUAGAGAGAUCGUCGAUGAGCAGCGAGCUGUAUUUUAGUUACCGACAGAAUCGACUAAACGGUGGAACUUCAUUUUUGCCUUUUAGCACUUAUGAUAUUAUUGGUGAUAAAUUUAGGCUUGUAUUGUAAUGCAAAUAAAUAUACACGUUUUUUCGAAUCCAAUAUGCUGACACAAAAGUACGACUGUGAUCGCACGAGACUUUUGAUGUAAGAAACAUUUUAAAAUUCAAACAAAAAACGCAAUUUUUGUGUUAUAUGUACAGAGGCUGUUUAUUUAGUGAUCUAAAAAUGUACCAAUUUACGAUCAUGAAUCUUCUGAUGUAGACUGAUAAAUUCAUAUUGGUCAUUCGAUGUGAUUAAGCUGUUUAGUUUUGUAGCUUUAAAGAUACGUUUAACAAAGUUGAACAAAUGACUGUACAUACAUAAUGAUAUAUGUAUCGAAACGUAAAGAUUAAUUUAGGUUUAUUUUGAAAAGUUAAACUAUGUGUUGUGAAUCGACGUUAUUUGUAUUUUGGUGUAAAAUUAUUUGUAACCAAAUGUGUAUCUUUAAAUUAUGUUAAGCUCCAGGCGUACGUAAGCACCAGUCCCGCAUGGUCCAUGGGAAAACUUUUACAAUCGAAAGUGUUACCAAAAACUUUCUUCUAUAUAUGUCGGUCGCCUGGAGAUUAAUUAUAUUAUAUGUACGAAAGUGCAAAAAUUAACUGGUCAAAAUUAUUUACUGAUUUUUAAAUCAGGUUAAUGCAAUUUUAUCUUAUUGAAAAAGUAAAUUCAAUAGCAAAGAUUGUAGAAUUUAAGAUUAAUCCUUGUGCACAAUACUUAUGCUGCCUGCCAAUCAAUUGUAAAAUUUAAUGAAGUAAUGCUCAAAAAAAGUAAUGUCAAAUUUACCAGGAAUUGAAAUAUAUUCCAAAAUGCUUCCAAUAAAUAUCCAAGCACAUUUGAAAAUUCCGAUUUUGAAGUAUUUACCUUGCUUAACAUAAUUUGAUAAAGUAUACAUAAAUAAUAAUUGCAUUAUAGUCUUAAAACCAAAUGUGUUAAAGAUGAUUUAAUUAAAUUUACAGACCAAAAAAAUAUUCGAGUAAAAUUCGUAAAUAAAUACUUGAAAUAUAAAAAUCAAUUUCAUGAAUUUCAUUAAAGGCAUUUUUUACAAAUUAUUUGUUUCUUUUAUUGAAUUUAAAUUUCUCGAAAUUGCGUGAAAAAUGUAUUGGAAAUAAAGCCCAUUAAAAAAAAUAUUCGCCUGCAAAAAGCUAACGAUAAAUACGUAUUAUUUGUGUAAAUACAUACUAAAUUUGUUUAUUAAAAAUAACCGGAUAUUUUGUGACUGUGUUAAUGUUAAAAGACUUUAUGUAUAUACUGUAAUGAAAUAUUUAUUAACCCUACCCAGCCCGAAUUAUGAGAAAUA